AUUUACAAGUUCAGUUUCGUCUGAGACGUGCGCGUGUACGGACGUUAAUUCGUGUUUAAGUGCUCGUAAAUAAAUAAAACUUAAAUAAAGGGGGUAAAUGUGCAAAUAAGCACAAACAAAAAAAUAAAAGUGUGGAGAAUUGAAUUUUGUAAAUAUUGAAGUGCAACAGUUUUGUAAAUAUAUUAAGUGGAACGCCCCCAUAACAAUACUUGCUGAAGUCUCGAUUUUAAAGUUUUUGCAGUAAAAUAAUAUUUCACUAAAAGUAUUAUAAAGUUAUUUAUUAAAUACUGAGUGCUAUUAACAACAACAACGCUAGAAAAUGGCAUUCUCCACAGCAUCCAACUCGGCUUUCAUCUCUCUAACUGUGAUAGUUACAAUAUUUUCCACUUUUAUCUUAUCAGUGAACGGCUUACGCUGUCAUCAAUGUAAUUCCCACUUGCAGGAGGAUUGCAUGCUAUUGCGUUUGGUCACGCCACGUGCGCCACGCGAUGACCAAUACCUUGAGGAAUGUGCCUCGCCUGAGAUGUUUUGCCGCAAAACGGUCACACACAUCGAAGUGACCGGCGAGAGUCGCAUCAUACGCAGCUGUGGUCGGCUGGAUAGCUUCGUGCAGGAGAAGAAAAAUUACUGCUUUGAUGCUGACAACGAGGGGUACAAGCAGACCAUCUGCACCUGCUAUGAGGAUGGCUGCAAUGCGGCACCGCCCCGUCUGGGCAAUGGCAACCACGUGACUAUGCUGAGCGCGACUGGUUUGUGUGUAUUGGUGGCGCGUUUGUUGCGGAUUAGCGCCUAGAUAGCGUACAUAUAUAAAUAGAAUAUGUCUGUAUGUAUGUAUGUAGUUGCUAGUUGCGUAAAGGAUACUAAAGAUAGCCGAAUAGUGUAAAAUGUAAGUGCCUUGCGCUCAGGCAGAUUGCGUAAAACGUGAAAUCUAUGUUUAAUAAAGAUACUGGAAAUCAUUAGCGGUACAUUUUCUGAGCAUUUCGAUAUUUCGAUAUUUCAAUACUGUUUUGUUUUAAUUUUUUCGAAAUAAAUUUACGUGAAUGCAAAUGUAA